GCAAUUGAAUUAACUGUUGAAGGAAGGCUCCAAAAGAAUAUGACCAACCAACAACCUUUUGUGUUUCUCUCUUCUCACUCAACCCCCGUCCUCAACAAUAUGCUUUUCUCUCCUCUUUCCCUUUCUCGUCUUCUUCUCCUUCUCCGCCUCAUACAAAAUUAAAAAAGUACUGCAUCUCACAUGCUCCUUGCUAUCUCAAUCUUCUAAUCACUUUGAUGUUCAGUUUGAAAAUGUUUUAGCGACAACACCUCCUUUAGUUUCUUCCUCCCCCAUUUCCAUAUAAAUUCCACGCACAAACGUGGCUUCUCAGCAUCCAAUACAAUUCCUGCUCUUGGGUUUGCCACGGGAAGAUGUUUGGCUGCGAGUGUUUCUGCUGGAACAGAGAUUCCCAGUACCGCCCAUUAGAACCACAGCCCUUUUCUCUGCCUGCCCCAAUUCCAGAAUGGCCUCGAGGACAAGGUUUUGCUACUGGACAAAUAAACUUAGGUGAAAUAGUGGUUCUCAAAAUAACCCAGUUUGAGAGGAUUUGGAGCUGCAAUCAGUUGCGUGGAAAAACAACAGGUGUCACAUUUUACAAACCUGUUGGGAUCCCAGAUGGUUUUUUCAGCCUUGGCCACUACUGCCAGCCCAAUGACCAAGCAUUGAGAGGAUACGUUCUUGUGGCUCAGGAUGCAGCUGCUUCUAGGCUAAAAGUUGGCUCUGUCCAUGAUUCACCAUUGGGUGAUUCUCCUGCUCUCAUAAGACCCCUCAGCUACACUCUAAUGUGGAAUACAGAUUCACAUUAUGAUGGAUGUGGUUAUUUUUGGCUGCCAAACCCACCAGCUGGCUACAAAGCCAUGGGCUUUGUGGUGACCGACAACCCGAAUCAACCUGCACUUGAAGAAGUGAGAUGCGUCCGGACAGAUCUUACAGAGACUUGUGAGACAUAUAACAUGAUACUUAACACAGGUUCAAAUUUUUCGAAGUAUCCAUUUAUUGUUUGGAACGCAAGACCCUGCAAAAGAGGGAUGCUAGGCAAUAGUGUUUCUGUUGGGACAUUCUUUUGCAGUACUCACCCAAGUCCUGAUGAGGAACCAAAUAUUGCAUGCUUGAAGAAUCUUGAUUCCACUCUACAUGCAAUGCCAAAUCUGAAACAGAUCCAUGCGCUCAUUAAGCAUUAUGGUGCGACAGUUUUCUUCCAUCCUGACGAUAUUUAUAUGCCUUCAUCUGUCCCAUGGUUUUUCAAAAAUGGAGCACUUGUCUACCAAAAUGGCAAGCUAGAAGGCAAACCCAUUGAUUCCAGGGGAUCAAACUUGCCUAGUGGUGGGAAAAAUGAUGGGGAGUUCUGGAUAGAUUUACCAGAUGAUGAUGAUGAGAGGACCUAUCUUAAAAGUGGGAACAUAGAGAGUGCUGAGCUCUAUGUUCAUGUAAAGCCGGCUCUGGGGGGGACUUUUACUGACAUUGCGAUGUGGGUUUUUUGUCCCUUCAAUGGGCCAGCCACCAUUAAAGUUGGGAUAAUGAGUAUUCCAAUGAGCAGGAUAGGUCAACAUGUUGGUGACUGGGAGCAUUUCACUCUCCGUUUGAGCAAUUUCACUGGAGAGCUCUGGAGUGUGUACUUCUCACAGCAUAGUGGUGGUGAAUGGGUGGAUGCUCCUAACCUGGAGUUCAUUGAAGGGAAUAAACCAGUGGUGUAUUCAUCCAAAGGUGGUCAUGCAAGUUUCCCACAUCCUGGGAUAUACGUUCAGGGAUCAUCAAAGCUGGGUAUAGGAGUAAGGAAUGAUGCUGCUCGAAGCAAGUUUUUUAUAGAUUCAAGCACCAAUUAUCAGAUUGUUGCAGCCGAGUAUCUUGGAGAUACAGCUGUUGUGGAACCAAACUGGUUGCAGUAUAUGAGAGAGUGGGGUCCAACCAUUGUGUAUGAUUCACGAGCUGAACUGGAGAAGAUAAUUAGUCUUCUACCUGUGUUCUUUCGGUUCUCUGUGGAGAACAUUUUUGAUUUGUUCCCAACAGAGUUAUAUGGGGAGGAAGGGCCAACUGGACCAAAGGAGAAGAAUAAUUGGGUGGAAGAUGAAAGAUGCUAGCUAGCUUUGCAUGGUCAAUAUCCAGUCCCUCAUUUUCUUCUUUUCUUUCCAAUAUCUGGUCAUGUUGUAUUAGUGUAGACACAUUACUCCCACCUCACAGUAUAUAUAGAUGGUUCCUCAGCCAAAUACAAAAUUGAAGUUGCUGUUGAAGCUCUCAUUGAGGCUGCAACAGGUGGGCAGUGGCCCCAAAUUUAUCAUUCUUGUGGUGGUAGUAGAUAAAUUGCUCUUGUUGUUUAGGGGAAGAAGAUUGCUGCAGCUAUGUGUCAUUGAUCCCAAAAGCAUUGCUGCAGAGUUGGUUGAUCACACACAGAUUUAGUAAAUGAAGUUAUAGUAAAUGAAGUUACACAAUGUUUAUGUUUUAUCAAAGGAAAAGUUUGGUUUGUUUCUGUGUAUUUGGUAAUUAUAGAUGAAUGGAGAAAAGCGAGUUGUUUGAGUUA